ACAUUCGAUGACUGCAUUAGACGAAAAGGAAAGGACUGUGACAUGAAGCAGAUGUGGCUGCAAAUUCCAUAUUUUUGUGGCACUCAUUAUUUCUGCAGUGAAGUGGGUAAUAAGCGUGCGUUGGAGCAGGCGAAGUGGAACUUAGUAAAUCAUUACUUAGUGGUUGGAUUAAGCGAACAGAUGCGAGAUUUCAUUGAAUUACUUGAAGUUUUAUUGCCAUCAUUCUUUCGCGGAGCUCUACAACAUUUUGACUCACUCGAUGAAAAACAUGCAAAUUUGCGGCACACAAAUCACAAAGCACCUCCCAGUAAAGCAACAGUGGAGGCAGUUCGCGAUGAUCCGAUAUACAUGAUGGAGCGGGAAUUCUAUGAUUUCGCGCAGGAGCAUUUCAAUGAAAUAUUUCGGCGUUCAAAGGAUGACACAAACGGACAGAUACUUCCUCAACAGUUCCACUAUGAAAAGAUCAAACCUCUGUAG